AUGGCGGCGGCAAAGGCAUCGGCGGUCAAGGAGGCGGUCAAGGAGACAUUGAUUGGUUAUUCUGAAGAGCCAGCCAAGCUCUCAGCUCAGACUAAGGCGCGUUUCACCAAGCAUGCCGUCAGUGAUGCAUCGGGCGAACUGGUAAUGGGCCCUGAGGAGUUCAUAAACGCCAUUGCGCCCACCAACGAGGACUAUCACAAGAUCCAACGCGAGCAAUACUCAAUUCUUUUCAGAGUCGCCGAUCGCAAGGGCACGGGCAAAGUGAGCCUGUCCGACUGGGCAUACUUCGAGAAUAUACUGAGCAAGCCAGAUGCCGAGUACGAGAUUGCAUUCCGUCUCUUCGACGUCGAGCGCCUGGGCACCGUCAAAUAUGAAGACUUCAGGAGGCUGUACGAGCUCAACAAGGGCGAACACACUAUACCAUUCAACUGGGAUUGCGAAUGGGCGAAGCUAUACAUCGGCGACAAGAAGAAGCGCCACAACAUGGACUACCAGCAGUUCUCUCAGAUGCUCCGCGGCCUGCAAGGCGAGAGGAUCAGGCAGGCUUUCCAGAUUUUCGAUAAGGACGGAGAUGGAUACAUCGAGCCCGAGGAGUUUGAGCGCAUCAUCCUGGAAACCUCCAAGCACAAAUUGUCCGACCAUGUCCUCCUCCACCUGAGCACCCUGUGCAACAUCUCGCAGGGCAGCAAGGUGUCGUAUGCCAACGUGCGCGCCUUUCAGAACAUGAUCAAAGAGAUGGACUUGGUUGAGCUCAUCGUCAGGCGAGCUUGCGCAAAGAGCUCCGACGGCAAGAUUACCAGGGCUGAGUUCCUCAACCAGGCUGCCAAGAUCACCCGCUUCUCGCUCUUCACGCCUAUGGAGGCCGACAUCCUUUUUCACUUCGCCAGUCUGGACGAGCCCUCUGGCCGCCUGGGCCUACGGGACUUUGCCAAAGUGCUUGACCCUUCAUGGAGGAGUCUCGACUCUGACGACCUGGCGCCGAAGCUGGCGGCUGCGGUCGGCCAGUCCGCAACCUCAAAGUUCCUCAGCAACACCCUGGAGUCGGCCUACAACUUUGCUCUAGGCAGCGUCGCCGGUGCCUUUGGUGCCUUCAUGGUCUACCCUAUCGAUCUCGUCAAGACGAGGAUGCAGAACCAGCGCGGCGUCCGCCCUGGUGAGCGGCUGUACAAAAACUCGAUCGACUGUUUCCAAAAGGUGGUGCGCAACGAGGGUUUCCUCGGACUUUACUCGGGUGUCCUUCCCCAGCUCGUGGGUGUGGCGCCAGAGAAGGCCAUCAAGCUCACGGUGAACGACUUGGUGCGCGGCUGGACGACGGAUAAGAACGGCAAGAUCGGCAUCCCUAGCGAAAUCUUGGCUGGUGGUGCGGCUGGUGCCUGUCAAGUUGUAUUCACGAAUCCUCUCGAGAUCGUCAAGAUCCGACUUCAGGUACAGGGCGAGGUCGCCAAGACAGUGGAGGGUGCACCCAAGCGGUCGGCCAUGUGGAUCGUCCGCAACCUGGGUCUCGUCGGUCUCUACAAGGGCGCCUCGGCCUGUCUGCUCCGUGACGUUCCCUUCUCGGCCAUCUACUUCCCGGCAUACAGCCACCUGAAGAAGGAUAUCUUUGGCGAGUCGCCGACCAAGAAGCUCGGCGUCCUGCAGCUGCUCCUCUCCGGUGCCAUCGCCGGCAUGCCGGCCGCGUACCUGACGACGCCGUUCGACGUGAUCAAGACGCGACUGCAGGUAGAGCAGCGCAAGGGCGAGACGAGCUACACUGGUCUGAGGCAUGCAGCGACAACCAUUAUGAAAGAGGAAGGUCCCAGGGCCUUCUUCAAGGGCGGCCUGGCCAGGAUCUUCCGAUCAUCGCCGCAAUUCGGUUUCACGCUGACUGCGUACGAGAUCUUGCAGACGACCAUCCCGUACCCGGGUAGCAAGACGGCGGUCCAGGAUCAGCUGCACCCAGGAGUCGCCGGUGGCAGCGGAAUCACGACGAUCGCGACGCUCUCGGAGAAGAAGGCCGACUCGAGCCCCUUUGCGCGCAGCAGGAACGCCCUCAAGAUUAUCCUGGACCUGGACGAGGACUUUGGUCGCGUCAAGCGCCCGGACGAACAAGCCUGGAAGUCGCUGCCUGCCGUGAUGGGCGGCAAGGGCAAUUAA